AUGAGUGCAACAGCCCGCAUGGGAGGCCAGCUGAUCCUUGAAGAGAAAUACAAUCAGAAUCAUACACCUUCUGAACAAGAGAUACAAGAGUAUGCAAGAGAGAUUGGUAUUGAUCCUGGCAGUGAGCCGGAGCUCCUGUGGCUGGCAAGGGAAGGCAUCGUUACACCAUUGCCUCAAGAGUGGAAGCCUUGUCAGGAAGUGACAGGGGAAAUUUACUAUUUCAACUUCUCCUCAGGCCAGUCCACCUGGGACCACCCCUGCGAUGAGCACUACCGCCUCCUGGUGGCCCAGGAGCGUGAGCGCACCCAGCUCACUGCAGCUGUAGGAGGCAUGGGGGCAAAGAAGGACAAGGACAAGAAGACAAAGAAAGAGAAGAAGGAGAAGGAGAAGGAGAAGAAGGAGAAAAAAGAGAAAAAGUUUAUGCUGGCUAAAGAUGGAGGAAGCUCUUUAGCCAAUAAAGUAGACCGACUCGUCCCCCAUCAGUCCAGACCAUCCAGCUCCUUCUCCAGCCCCUCCGACUCAGAGCGAAGUGGAGUGGAGCUAAGUCCCAAAGCCUCUCUGGGGCUCCAGAGGCCUAGAACCAGGAGAGAGGAGGAGGCGAGGCUCAUUGAGGAGUCUGACAGGAUGCUGGAGGAUACCAGAGAGUCUAUCCAGAGGGAGAGAGAGACACAUAAUCACAAGCUCAGGGAGGAGAGCGAAGCCAUCCUGGAAGAUUUGGAAAAAACACUAGAGGAAGAGCGAGCAGCGGAGCGAGACAGGCUGGAAGCCCAGAAGAGGCAGGAUCUUGAACUCCUUAAGGCUGAGCAGGGAGAGGAGCUGGAAGCAGAGAGGACCGACUACCAACGAGAACUCACUGGCCGGCUUCAGGAAGUGCGGGAGGAAGAGCAGCGGGAUCAUGAGAGGAAGCUGGAGAAGCUGAGGGAAGACCACAAGAGAGAAAUGAACAACAUCAGAGAGAAAUACCUGGAUGAGGAGACCAUACAGAGAGAGCGCUUGCUGUCCACUCUGCAGGACGACAGAGAUCACCUCCAGGCCUCCCACGCUGUCCAGAUGGAGAAACUGAGGCUUCAGCUCAACACUCAGAUACGAAAGACGCAGCUCACACACUCACGCAAGGAGUCCGAAAUGCAGGAUCUGGCAGAUCAGUUGGAGCUGAAAGUCAAAGAGCUGAAGAGCCAGGAGAGCAUGCUGCAGAUCCAGGAGAGAGACCAGCCAAAGGACGAGCUGGAGAGGAUGAGAGAGGAUAAACAGCAAGCCUUAGAACUCAUCCAGAGAGUCAGGGAGGAGCGGAGCGGGGCAAUCAAGGAAAAGGAGAGGCUGAAAGGGGAGAGGGAAAAAGCCAGAGACAAGAGCAGGAGAGUGAAGGAGGACAAGGAGAAACUGGAGAGCAAUGUGACGCUGCUGCAUGAGAGAUGCAACGGUCUCAGCCACAGAGUCAGUCUCAACGCCGUCUACAAUGCCCCCAUCAGCAGCGGGCUGAAGGCCUCUGAGGAUCUCCUCAACAGCCGGUGGAGCCAGAUUUUUCCUGGAGCAGCUGUGGACCCAGUUGCGUCCAGCACCAUGAGGACCAGCUCAGCCUACUCAACUUACACUCCUGUUAGUGAACAGAGUACCAGCCUGCGGUCCAUGCAGAAUUCAGCAGAGAUCGAUGGUCAGAGGCUGCAGGGAAUGAUCGACAGCAACAAGAGGUGGCUGGAGACGCAGAAGAAAGACCCCAGCAUACCUCUAUUGACUCGCUAUCAAGCUCCGUCCUCCAAGAGAAGCCUGGUCCAGCUGGGCAUGGACGAUACCAACCAGAUCAGAGCAUGGAGGUCAAUGCCAAGUCCUAAUAAGCACAGCUGCCAGUCCACCUGGGACCACCCCUGCGAUGAGCACUACCGCCUCCUGGUGGCCCAGGAGCGUCUGGACACCUGCGACCCUGGCCCACUCUCCGGAUAUGUCCCUCAUCUUCGAGGGUCCCUCAAAAAUAUUCACCUGGACCAGGAUGCCCUGGGAGGAGGCCUUCAUUAUGACGAGUGUGAGACGGAUGAAAACGUUGAGGAGGAUUCAUCCUCCAUUGAUGUCAAGCUUAUGGAUAUCGUGGACUUGUCUGGGGCAGAGUUGAAGGUUUCAGAAGCUGCCAACAGGUUUAUGCUGGCUAAAGAUGGAGGAAGCUCUUUAGCCAAUAAAGUUGACCGACUCGCCCUCCAUCAGUCCAGACCAUCCAGCUCCUUCUCCAGCCCCUCCGACUCAGAGCGAAGUGGAGUGGAGCUAAGUCCCAAAGCCUCUCUGGGGCUCCAGAGGCCUAGAACCGCUAGAGGUCGGACCCCGUUAAAAACCCUUGACAAACCAGACAGAGAGAAUAAAGAGAGAGAGGAAGAGGAUGAUAAGGAGAGUGAGUGGGAGGAGAUUCUUAGAGAACAAAAAGAGAAGGAGGGGGGGAGGAGGAAGGCUCAUCAGGAGGUAGAGGAGGAGAAAAAACAGUUGAUGGGGGAGAAAGAGAAGAGGAUGUGUCUCCUCCAGGAGGAGCUGCGUAGGGAGGAGGAGGAGGAGGAGAUGAUUCUGAAGGAGGAGAGUGAGGAAAGACUGAGGGCUCUGCGGCAGCGUCUCCUGUUAAAGAGGAGAGAGGAGGAGGCCAGGCUCACUGAGGAGUCUGACAGGAUGCUGGAGGAAACCAGAGAGUCUAUCCAGAGGGAGAGAGAGACACACAAUCACAAGCUCAGGGAGGAGAGCGAAGCCAUCCUGAAAGAUUUGGAAAAAACUCUAGAGUAAGAGCGAACAGCGGAGCGAGACAGGCUGGAAGCCCAGAAGAGGCAGGAUGCUGAACUCCUUAAGGCUGAGCAGGGAGAGGAGCUGGAAGCAAAGAGGACCGACUACCAACGAGAACUCACUGGCCGGCUCCAGGAAGUGCGGGAGGAAGAGCAGCGGGAUCACGAGAGGAAGCUGGAGAAGCUGAGGGAAGACCACAAGAGAGAAAUGAACAACAUCAGAGAGAAAUACCUGGAUGAGGAGACCAUACAGAGAGAGCGCUUGCUGUCCACUCUGCAGGAAGACAGAGAUCACCUCCAGGCCUCCCACGCUGUCCAGAUGGAGAAACUGAGGCUUCAGCUCAACACUCAGAUACGAAAGACGCAGCUCACACACUCACGCAAGGAGUCCAAAAUGCAGGAUCUGGCAGAUCAGUUGGAGCUGAAAGUCAAAGAGCUGAAGAGCCAGGAGAGCAUGCUGCAGAUCCAGGUAGUAGAUCUGAAGAGAAGGAGGAAGAACCUCAUAGAUGAAGGAGAGGAGGUGGACACAGAGAGAGAGGCCUUACCCCAGCUGAACCAGGAGAGAGACCAGCCAAAGGACGAGCUGGAGAGGAUGAGAGAGGAGAAACAGCAAGCCUUAGAACUCAUCCAGAGAGUCAGGGAGGAGCGGAGCGAGGCAAUCAAGGAAAAGGAGAGGCUGAGAGGAGAGAGGGAAAAAGCCAGAGACGAGAGCAGGAGAGUGAAGGAGGACAAGGAGAAACUGGAGAGCAAUGUGACGCUGCUGCAUGAGAGAUGCAACGGUCUCAGCCACAGAGUCAGUGAGUUGGAGCAAGGUGAAGGUGCAACUACUUCCACCAGACAGGAGCCGAGGCAGGUCAAAACUAAGGGAGAGAAAACCGAGAUGACGGCCCUGGGCCACAGCUCCCUAGCCCCACCUCCCCCACUGAGGCCCUUGAACCCUUCGUGGAACUGGGUGACUGGGAGCUCUUCAGCCAACGCCGUCUACAAUGCCCCCAUCAGCAGCGGGCUGAAGGCCUCUGAGGAUCUCCUCAACAGCCGGUGGAGCCAGAUUUUUCCUGGAGCAGCUGUGGACCCAGUUGCGUCCAGCACCAUGAGGACCAGCUCAGCCUACUCAACUUACACUCCUGUUAGUGAACAGAGUACCAGCCUGCGGUCCAUGCAGAAUUCAGCAGAGAUCGAUGGUCAGAGGCUGCAGGGAAUGAUCGACAGCAACAAGAGGUGGCUGGAGACGCAGAAGAAAGACCCCAGCAUACCUCUAUUGACUCCCUAUCAAGCUCCGUCCUCCAAGAGAAGCCUGGUCCAGCUGGUCAUGGACGAUACCAACCAGAUCAGAGCAUGGAGGUCAAUGCCAAGUCCUAAUAAGCACAGCUGCCAGUCCACCUGGGACCACCCCUGCGAUGAGCACUACCGCCUCCUGGUGGCCCAGGAGCGUCUGGACACCUGCGACCCUGGCCCACUCUCCGGAUAUGUCCCUCAUCUUCGAGGGUCCCUCAAAAAUAUUCACCUGGACCAGGAUGCCCUGGGAGGAGGCCUUCAUUAUGACGAGUGUGAGACGGAUGAAAACGUUGAGGAGGAUUCAUCCUCCAUUGAUGUCAAGCUUAUGGAUAUCGUGGACUUGUCUGGGGCAGAGUUGAAGGUUUCAGAAGCUGCCAACAGGUUUAUGCUGGCUAAAGAUGGAGGAAGCUCUUUAGCCAAUAAAGUUGACCGACUCGCCCUCCAUCAGUCCAGACCAUCCAGCUCCUUCUCCAGCCCCUCCGACUCAGAGCGAAGUGGAGUGGAGCUAAGUCCCAAAGCCUCUCUGGGGCUCCAGAGGCCUAGAACCGCUAGAGGUCGGACCCCGUUAAAAACCCUUGACAAACCAGACAGAGAGAAUAAAGAGAGAGAGGAAGAGGAUGAUAAGGAGAAGCGAACAGCGGAGCGAGACAGGCUGGAAGCCCAGAAGAGGCAGGAUGCUGAACUCCUUAAGGCUGAGCAGGGAGAGGAGCUGGAAGCAAAGAGGACCGACUACCAACGAGAACUCACUGGCCGGCUCCAGGAAGUGCGGGAGGAAGAGCAGCGGGAUCACGAGAGGAAGCUGGAGAAGCUGAGGGAAGACCACAAGAGAGAAAUGAACAACAUCAGAGAGAAAUACCUGGAUGAGGAGACCAUACAGAGAGAGCGCUUGCUGUCCACUCUGCAGGAAGACAGAGAUCACCUCCAGGCCUCCCACGCUGUCCAGAUGGAGAAACUGAGGCUUCAGCUCAACACUCAGAUACGAAAGACGCAGCUCACACACUCACGCAAGGAGUCCAAAAUGCAGGAUCUGGCAGAUCAGUUGGAGCUGAAAGUCAAAGAGCUGAAGAGCCAGGAGAGCAUGCUGCAGAUCCAGGAGAGAGACCAGCCAAAGGACGAGCUGGAGAGGAUGAGAGAGGAGAAACAGCAAGCCUUAGAACUCAUCCAGAGAGUCAGGGAGGAGCGGAGCGAGGCAAUCAAGGAAAAGGAGAGGCUGAGAGGAGAGAGGGAAAAAGCCAGAGACGAGAGCAGGAGAGUGAAGGAGGACAAGGAGAAACUGGAGAGCAAUGUGACGCUGCUGCAUGAGAGAUGCAACGGUCUCAGCCACAGAGUCAGUGAGUUGGAGCAAGGUGAAGGUGCAACUACUUCCACCAGACAGGAGCCGAGGCAGGUCAAAACUAAGGGAGAGAAAACCGAGAUGACGGCCCUGGGCCACAGCUCCCUAGCCCCACCUCCCCCACUGAGGCCCUUGAACCCUUCGUGGAACUGGGUGACUGGGAGCUCUUCAGCCAACGCCGUCUACAAUGCCCCCAUCAGCAGCGGGCUGAAGGCCUCUGAGGAUCUCCUCAACAGCCGGUGGAGCCAGAUUUUUCCUGGAGCAGCUGUGGACCCAGUUGCGUCCAGCACCAUGAGGACCAGCUCAGCCUACUCAACUUACACUCCUGUUAGUGAACAGAGUACCAGCCUGCGGUCCAUGCAGAAUUCAGCAGAGAUCGAUGGUCAGAGGCUGCAGGGAAUGAUCGACAGCAACAAGAGGUGGCUGGAGACGCAGAAGAAAGACCCCAGCAUACCUCUAUUGACUCCCUAUCAAGCUCCGUCCUCCAAGAGAAGCCUGGUCCAGCUGGUCAUGGACGAUACCAACCAGAUCAGAGUCUACCACUACUGA